AUGGGUCGUCAUAACCAUCAAAUUGAAUUGGAAUAUAGUUCAACUGUCAAAGAAGUUAUCUCACUCUUGUUCGCAAAUGAAAGAUUGCAGAAUAUUAACGGCAGCAAUUAUCCAGAGCAACCUGAGAUAUUCUCAGAUGAUUCACAUUGCCACCUGGAUCAUCAUGCUCGCUUAACUUGGGCUCCUUCACAUGGCACUGUCAACGAAAGCGGAAGGAAACCUAUGCUAGUUAUAUUCUCAGCAUUAAUUGUACAUGAGGAUGAGCGUAAAUGCAGAGUAAGCAUGAUACAUGGUAUCAUUAUUGUGUGGCCAGUAAAUAAAGGUAAAGAUAUGAAUGCAGACUACCAUAGCCACUUCACAGCAGACAAGUUCAAGCAGUUUUUUGAAAAUCUUUGCAAGUCCUUCGUACUUUAUGGUAGUUGUAUCAGAGCAAGAUUUGUCACUCCUCUUCUGUCGUCUUUCUUCAAAGAGACCAAACAUUUCGCUUAUUUUGGUCCCAACGAAGAAGCAUUGGGGAGCAAAACAAGAAAGGGUGGACUAGGCCGUAAGUCAAAUGGAGGAUAUAAGGUCAUUUACAACGACUAUGAACAGCAAAUAAUCCACGUUGAAGUCAAGGGUCCUAAAAUAGUUACAGAGGAUCACAUAUAUCACCCUGAUUUUACAAAACUCUGUAACUUGCUGAAGGAUGAGAUUGACCAUUUGCUGUCGAAAGACUGCCCUACCGAAAUCCCAGUCUUUGGAAUGCUUAUUGGCGGACACAAGGCAUCGGUAUACGCCAUGGAUUUAGUCUAUACACACACGUAUAGACUAUUUGAGAUUGGCGAAUUUUUAAUUCCUCAUUCCAAUCUUGAUCUAAGUCGUUUGGACCAGUGCUUUAACGUGUUGAUCACUCUGAAGGAAUUGGUGGAUAAAUCCUCCAAAUAAUGCUUGGAGUUUUUGAUGAAAGCCGCCACUCCUGGAACGCCUCCAGCACGAAGGCAGCUUUAUGUCAAGUCUUUUAGGAGCCCCCAAAAAAGUCCGAA